AUGACCUCAAAAGAAAGUCGAAUUCUCGUCGUCGGCGCCGGGGUCUUCGGACUGACUCUCGCCCUCGAGCUCAAGAAACGAGGCUAUCAACACAUAACCGUUCUCGAUCGACACGCACCACCAGUCCCGGACGGCUCCAGCGUGGAUAUUUCGCGGAUCGUACGAGCAGACUAUGCGGAUGCACAUUACAUGCGGAUGGGCAUGGAGGCGGAAGCUGCGUGGCGAGAGGAGUACAGCGCCUUCUACCGUAAUUCGGGUAUCCUGAUCACGGCUCAGUCGAAGGAUCAUCCUUAUGUUACGCAGACGAGGGCGUUGCUGGAACAGCAGCGUGCUGCUAUGACGGUCUAUGAGGACAACAGAGACCUGGGAAGGCUGGGGUUUGGAGGCAAGUUGGAUAGGCUGUCUGGGUACAGCAGGCCUGCAGGUGGCUGGGUGGAUGCAGAAGGAUCGAUUCGACAACUUGCUCAACAUUGCGUUGAUGCGGGUGUGGUAUUCGUCACUGGUCCUGCUGGAGUGGUGAAGUCCUUGAUUAUCGUAAAAGAGGAGGUCAAAGGUGUGCAGCUAGCAUCUGGAGAAGGCUUAUUAGCGGAACAGGUCAUGCUCGCAACAGGCGCUUGGACAACGCAGCUAGUCGAUCUCAGUUUCAGUGCCGUGGGAACGUGCCAUCCAGUGGGCUUCAUUCAGCUGAAUCCGGAUGAAGUGGAAGAGAUGAAGGAUCUCCCCAUCGCCAUCAACCUCACAACAGGUUUCUUCGUCUUCCCGCCCACCGAGGAUACUCUUCUCUUAAAGUUCGCCAGGCAUGGAUACGGAUUCGAGAGCCGGCAGCCAGGUCCUAAGGCUGAUGAGGUCUCUUCCCCAAGGAUUGAAAGCAACGGGGUUGUGGCAGACUUUCUUCCAGCAGAUGCAGAAGCUGCACUGCGAGAUGGCCUACGGCUCUUUCAUUCGACUUCAAUCGCGGAGAGACCGUUCGACAAGAAGCGCAUGUGCUGGUACACCGAUACCCCUCAUGGCGAUUUUAUCGUUGAUCAUCACACGACGCUCAAGAAUCUUUUUCUUGCUACUGGUGGUAGCGGGCAUGCUUUCAAAUUCUUGCCUGUCCUCGGUAGAUACACGGCCGAUGUGUUCGAGCGUACGGCAUCGCAAGAACUUCGAGACAAGUGGGCGUUGAAGCCAGGAGACAAGUCAGUGCUGCUGCAUGGUGAUGGGAGUCGUGGAGGUCCACCGAGGCGGGUCUUGGAGACAUGGGAGCAAGCCCGAAUUUAG